AUGAUGGGGGCAGGCACAUCGCAGAGUCCACCACCGAUGGCAUCUAUCACCGAUGUUGGAGCUUUAUUCCAGAAUGCGAAGAAAUAUGAGGAGCUUAAUGUUAUUGGCACAGGAGCUUACGGCACAGUAUACAAAGCACGAGAUUUACACAAUGGGGGGCAGAUCGUUGCUAUGAAGAAAGUAAAAGUGGCCCUCACAGAAGAUGGAAUACCGCUCUCUACAUUGAGGGAGAUUGCGUUACUGAGGCAGCUCGAGGCUUAUAGGCAUGCUAAUAUAGUCAGACUUCUGGAUGUCUGCCAUGGAGGUCAGUUAAUGGAGCGUGACCAGCAGUUAGUUUUGUUUCUAGUAUUCGAGCAUGUGGACCAAGACCUGGAGUCAUACCUCAAGAAAGCUCCAGGGCCUUUGUCGGAGAACAGAAUUAGAAGCAUGUCAUACGAUAUCCUGUCCGGCAUAGACUUCCUCCAUUCCCAUCGCAUUGUUCACCGAGACCUGAAGCCACAUAAUCUUCUGGUCACCAGCACGGGCCGGGUCAAGCUUGCGGACUUUGGACUAGCCAAGACUUACGAUACAGAAAUGAAGUUGACCAGUGUGGUGGUGACCCUGUGGUACCGCCCUCCGGAGGUCCUUCUCGGAGUGUCAUACAACACAGCGGUGGACGUGUGGUCGGCAGGAUGCGUGCUGGCACAGUUACACACCAGGAAACCCUUGCUGCCUGGCUCCUCAGACUCGCAUCAGCUCAGUAGUAUCUUCAGGUUGAUAGGACGUCCAUCACGUGAAGAGUGGCCGGAGAACGCUUCAGUGAUGCUGGACAGCUUCCCUGCCUACAAGCCCAUGGACCUCCAGGAGAUCAUUCCCAGGAUACACCCGCAUGCGUUGGAAAUCAUCAAGGGUAUGCUAGUUUUCGAUCCAGCGAAGAGGCUGACAGCGCUGGACUGCUUAGAGCAUCCAUACUUCACAGAAGAGCCCUUGCCGUGA